AUGUGGCUUGGUGCCUCGGUCUGGCAGGGACGUAUAGGCUUGCAAUAUACGCCGGGCCACGCUGGUGUUUUGGGCAACGAACUAGCCGAUCUUGCCGCCAAGUCAGCGGUUGCCGGUUGCCCUCUAGGAGAACUGAACUGGCACGUUGCGGCGGACAUUGAUUGGUGGGGUCAUCAGGGGGCAUUGUGGUCUUGGUGUAGCGUCGUCCUAGGAUGGGCUAUGGGGGAUGACGCAUUGCCCUCACCUGUAGGCGACAGGCUCAACCAUGAGCGUGACCAUGGUGGACUCAGUCCGGCAGAAAUUGUCCAGCCUUUUGCCCCGGAAGUCUCGUCCAAUGAGGUUGCUGUUGCCCAAGGACUGCUCCACCUUCGAGUUGCGUCAUACAAUGCUUUAUCCCUAGCCACGGAAAAAACACGGGUUGUUGAUGAAGGCAUAGCUUUCCAGGCAGCUAGACCGGCUCUCUUGGCAAGUCAGCUAGAGAAGGCAGGCGUCUGCUGUGCGGCAAUUCAGGAGGCCCGCACAGCACCUGGCCAUCUCGUCACCGGGCCUUUCCUCAGGUAUUGCUCAGGUUCCGCGCGAGGCCACUUAGGCGUGGAAAUGUGGUUCCUGAAAGGCCACGCAUUUGUGACGGCGGCUUCCGGCGUCGCAUGUCACGUUGCCUUCGAGCCCUCGGCUUUUGUCGUGCUUGCCAAUGACCCAAGAAGGCUGUUGGUUUCCUUCAAGCAGGGCAGUUGUCAGUGGAAAGAAACCGAACUUCUCCUACAUAGGGAGGGCAGAGGCAAGUGUAUCGUUGUUGGGGCUGAUUGCAACGCGAGCCUCGGCUCGGUCGAGUCUGAGGCUGUUUCGUGUGCUGGGGCUGAAGAGCAGGAUUUGGCGGGGGACAUGCUCCAUAGCUUGCUGCGGAAGUGCGAGCUGUGGGCGCCGGCCACAUGGGACGGCGUGCAAAGCGGCCCCACUUGGACUUUUAUGCAGCGCCGCAAUGGCGCUCUGGCAAGACCCGACUUCGUUUUCAUCCCCGCGGCCUGGCGCCAGGGUAAAGUCUCUGCCUGGACUGACCCUGAUGUCUCUACUGCUAACAUGGUCAUAGAUCACUUAGCCACAGUAGUUGAGGUCCGGGUGCCUAUCCAAUGCAACAUGAAGCCCGCCACCAAGCCCAAGCCCCGCAUUGAUGUCAAGGCGUUAUGUGCCCCAGCCAACCGGCAGAAGCUGGAGGAACUUUUGAGCCAGGUCCCGAGGCCACCGUGGCAUACUUCGGCCCAUGCACAUGUCGCCAUCGUCACAAAACACUUGCAAGAAACCCUGGCAGAGGCUUUCCCGUUGGAUGGCCGCCGGCCCCUGCACCCCUUCUUGUCGGACGUUGCGUGGGGCUUGCAGAAAGAAGUGGCAUGGCUGCGGCGGAAAUGCGCUCGGACCAGGGAUUUCAUCAGACAGCAAACCAUGAUUGCUGUUUUUACUGCGUGGCAAUCUCGCGCGACAGGUGAGCCAGCUUCAUCUGCAUGGCUCCGGGACGCACAGCUUUCAGGGGCUUUGUACGGAUUCCGUUUGGGCUUUCUAGCUAAGGCGCUAAAAGCUAGAUGCAAGCAAGACCGUGCGGCUUACAUGGAGUCUCUUGCAGACGAAGUGCAGACAAACCCAGCUACCGCUUUCCACGCAGUAAACAGGUUGAUGUGCCGCAGGCGUAGGAAGCCUUAUGAGCCAACGGUUUUGCCGGCCGUGCUGAAUUCUGAAGGCCAUCUCUGCACAACGCCUGAGGAGACUAUCCGAAGAUGGAGGGAGCAUUUCAGUUCUCUUGAGGACGGUGUGGAUACCAGCGUGUGGACUCUGGGAGCUGCUGCAAUGCAGCCUGUUCAGGAGGCCUGGCCUUUGCCGGGCGACUUGAGUUCCAUGCCCACGCCGGUUGACUUGCAGUCAGCAAUCCUUGCGGCGAAGAGAGGCAAAGCUUGUGGUCCGGACCGUAUUCCGGGAGAGCUGGGGCUGGCUGCGGCGCCGAGUCUCCAGCCUUGUCUCCAACGGCACUAUGAUCAGACAGCGUCGUCUUUACACCUAAGCGGACGCAAGGGCGGUUGUGUCCUGUUCGGCUCUCAUGCGGUACGGGCCUUCACCAGAUGGAAGGUCGGCCAAGGCGGAACGGCAGUCGUUCUUUUCGCUGAUGUAGCUUCUGCCUAUUACGCGACCCCCCGCGAGCUUGCUGCCCGAGGUCCAGGUCAGGAGGCGCCGGGCCUGGAAGACCAGUUGGGUACGGCGCACCUUCAUAACGAUGACGAGCUGGACCCCAUGGUACAGCAGCAACGUCCAUCAGCUUUGGCACAAGAUCGGGCCACACCGUGGCUGCAAGCCUUGACAUGGCAGUUAAACACGGGAACUUGGAUGCAUCUCAGUGGAGAUACAGUUCCGGUGGCAACUAACCGCGGCACCCGUCCCGGCUCCGCCUGGGCAGAUUUGACAUUUGGAGUCAUAAUUGGACGGGUGCUUCGUGUCCGUGAUGCUUGCAGGCUGCAGGCACGCACCGCUUCUUGUGUUCCCCGAGUACCGUGGGACGGUUGCCGAUCAUGGCAGCCGGUCGAGAGAGGCAAAACUGCCAUACCGCUUUGCGAUGUGGUCUGGGCAGAUGACUUGUCAGAGUGCCUCAGUGUAGACUGUGCUGGUGACACAGGCCGCAUCGCCGCUACCGAGGCGGGCCACCUUGCGGACGCAUUCGCAAGUCACAGCCUAGACCUGUCUUUCGGUCCCCGGAAAACAGCCGCCAUCGCUAGCAUCCGAGGCCCGGGGUCAAGGGCUGUCCGAAGGUCGCUGUUUGCUGGCGAUGCCACCUUGGCGGUGCUCCGAGAGAACUGCGGGGCGUCGCGGUUGCCUUUGGUGACGCGGUACCGGCACCUGGGCGUGCAGCAGGCUACCGACGGCAAAAUACACUGUGAGGUUAAAAGCCGGAUCGCUGCGGCUUGGGGUGCCUUUCGAGAAGGGCGAACCAGAGUGUUUCGUUGCAAGCGUGUCGCCAUCCAUCGUCGCGGCGUCCUGCUCGAGACCCUCGUCAUGCGCAAGUUGACUUUUGGGGCAGGGGCGUGGCCCCCCCUUGGUGCUUGUGACCUCCGACUCUUCGCAGGAGCGGUUACCUCGCUAUACCGUGCAGUUAUUUGUGUCAAACCGCAAGAUGACCAACAUCUGUCGGUUUCCAUGAUCUGCGCGUUAGUUGGACAGGUUGACCAUGCCACGUUGUUGAAGGUGGAACAGCUGCGUUACGUGCGACAGCUCGUAGCCGCAGCGCCGGACGAGCUGUGGGCGCUGGUGAGGCUAGACGAGCACUACCUCGCCCUGCUGCGUGAUGCUCUAGCCUGGCUUUAUGAGCGUGUCCAAACUACUGUUGAGCUCCCACACCCAUUAGUGGAUUGGACACCGUGGUGCCAGCUGAUGGUUCAGCGUCCGGGUCGAUACAGAGGGAUUGUUAAACGUGCCAAAGGCUUGGAGAUGUGUAGGAUUCAGUGCCAUGCGGCGCUGCAGGCGCUGUACCGCACGUUUCAGGCUAUUGCUGUGGGCCACGAAACCCGGUCCACCCAGGCCAACCAACACUUCACCGAGGCUUGCUUGAUCUGCAAAAAGGGGUUCGUCUCGCGCUCGGCCUGGGCCAUGCACUCGUCGAAGUUGCACGGCUAUCGCAUUGCGGCUUCUAUCCUCCUUGGUUCUGACAAGGGUACCUUAUGCCGUGGCUGUGGCAAAUGCUAUGCCAGCUCGGCAAGGCUACGCCGGCACCUGUUGCAUGCGCACAAUUGUCGCAAACAGUGGGGUGCUUUUGAGUUGCAGGAAAACGUUGUGGUUCCCUGCUUGCACAGCCAGCAACCUCCCCUUUCCCUGGAAGGAGUUCUUGAGCUACAGCAGCCGGAUAUUGUUCGCGAUGACGUUCAUCCGGGCCUUUUGCGUGCCCUCAAGGAGCUGGGUGAUGCCAGUGCAGAAGCAAUCUGGGCAACGGUUACUGAGUUUGUAGAGCCGUUGGCAGUCCUCAGGAGGACCCUGGAAGCUUGGCGUAGUGACAGCGAUUUCCCCCUUGCUUGUGAAGAGGCGCUCGAAGAUGCCCUGCUACAGCUUGAUCCCGAUGUUUGCUGUGAUACAUACUGCCACCCCAAGCGACCUUGUACGUCAGAGGAGUGCUGCACCGAACUCCCGGGCCCUUUUGACACGCACUUCGCUUUCAUCAUGACGGGAGCGGUUGCCACUUUCAAGCUUGAUGAGCCUCCAUGCCCUGCCUUUGCCUACCCCUUCAAGGGAGGGGCUCCUCUUAGCUCGGCAAAGAAGCAAGCUGCGUAUGUUGUGGCAGCGUGUGAUGUCAUUGGGCUCUUUGCCCAGCAGUCUAAGUCUUCUAGGGUUUUCCUGUGUGCCUCCCGCAGAGCCCUGGCAGCCCUCGAGCCUGCAGCUACGUGGUUAGCUUCAGCAGGCUUUAUACACGUCGGCGAAGGGUUUCAUAGCCCCGCUGACUAG